GGGCGGGGCGGUGCCUACGGCGGCCGGGAGGGCCUGACCGCGGCGGGCGCGGCGGCGGCGGCGGGAUGGAGUCGGUGGUCUUCAUCUUCUCGCUGAUCGACUGCUGCGCCCUCAUCUUCCUCUCCGUCUACUUCAUAAUCACACUAUCAGAUCUGGAAUGUGACUACAUCAACGCUAGAUCGUGCUGCUCCAAGCUCAAUAAAUGGGUGGUGCCUGAGGUGAUUGGCCAUGCUGUUGUCACGGUAUUAAUGCUCAUUUCAUUGCACUGGUUCAUCUUUCUCCUUAACCUGCCAGUGGCCACAUGGAAUAUAUAUAGGUACAUUAUGGUGCCAAGUGGAAACAUGGGAGUAUUUGAUCCCACAGAGAUCCAUAACCGAGGACAACUGAAAUCACACAUGAAAGAAGCCAUGAUUAAGCUGGGCUUUCAUCUGCUCUGUUUCUUCAUGUACCUUUACAGUAUGAUUCUGGCUUUGAUAAAUGAUUGAGAAGCUGAAAGAGAACCAUUAGCUGCCAAAUUGGGUCAUCACUCCAGUGACUGGUUGUGGAGCCACAGACACCUCCCGAACACACCUAGAUCAGUGUCGUCAUGCAGUAUAUUUUUUCCUCUUUGAACAAUAAAUAUUUUUCUGUAUUUUUAACAUAAAAUAUUUUCAAAAUA